GGGAAGGCAAGGAUGGAGUAAGAGAUGGAGAGUGAAAAAGAAAGACCCACGAGCGAAUUAUCUGGUAGUUUCUUUCAGCCAGCGGCCUAAGCAAAGGUCAAAAGUUGAGCAAUGCUCUCCUUAUCGGUGCAAACACCGUCUUCGCGUAUGCAGUGCGCCGACACAAACCGAUUGACUGACUUCUCUUCUGGUUGUCUCACGUGAAAACGUUCAGCACGGGUCGCCUUUGACAAAGGAAAUCUCGAUACGCGCCACGGAAACGUCUCCUACGUCUUUGAAACUUCUUCAAGGUGCGCGCGACAAGAAACGUUGAGCCACUUUCGGGUCACAGUGUGACGUUUCUUGCUGGACUGUUCUUCGCGCUGCUCGAUGGCGUGACGUUUAUCGCUGUAAGCAGUGAGUGCUUGAGUGAGAGCAUGGAGUGAUUUUGACGAUUUAGAUGAGCUUAUUUGUAUAAAACAGCGCAGGAUGGAUUGCGUCAUUGGUUGGACCCGGUGCAAGGAAUUGUAAUUCUAAAUUGUAAUUGUUCCGUUAUAUUCGAGUUUCAAGUGAAACAUUUAAGAUUUAAUGUGGUUAUUUGAGAAAAACAUUUUUUCGAAGUCGUCAGAUUGAUGGAAUAAUUUACAGGCAUCGUAACCAAUAAUGGUUUGUCUACACUUGACAGGAUAAACGAGACAUAAACAAAGUCGUAUUAUUUGCGGCAUUUUUCUGAGUUAGCAGAUGUUAGUUGAACACGUUCACGCCGGCGUGUACCACCGGUGACUCGCGCUAGCGUGUUAAGGUUUGACAUCAAUCUUUUCAUUUAUAUUGUACAGACAUAGGAAACUCUAUCGACGGUAAGUACUCUUCAGAAAUACUUUUUCCCGACGUCAAAAAUAUUUAUGCUCGCUAGAUAUAAGUUUCCCGCGGAUCUGUAUAGAUAUACUUUGUAUAAAUACUGUUUCUUAGAUCCUCCAAAAGAAAUCGGACGCCAUAAUGCGCGAAUUUAGGGUCUGCGCAUGCCGUCUGAAAAAAAUAUUACAAAAAGCUCCGUUCACGGAAUACUACUGUGUUGGCCUUUCACCGCUUCACGAUCCCGUGCAUUUCUUGUUUCAAUAUUGGUUCACCUUUUCGAGUCAUAUUAAACCACUACAAUAAGAAAUAUUAGUUAAAAACGUCGUUCAGAAAUUUGUUCGCGGUAAUAUCGCAUUCCGGGCCAGUGCGCGGCAGCGUCGACGGAAGCCGCACGACGAAGAAGCAUCAUCGCAGGGAGUGCGCGUGCUCGUUUCACGCGGCGCUUCCGGCUACCCAAGUCCGAGCGAAACAAGAGAUAAAUAGAUCGACGGUCACCGAUAAAAAAGAGCCGUAUAGGAGGGAAAGAGCCGACGGAACGGGCAAAAGAGGAGAGACACCCAAGUACGCACAUAAUGUAUGAGUCCUGAGAGGAGUCGGAGAGAUCCCUCCCGGAGGCGCGGCGCCGCGCCGCGCCACGGCACGACGUUGCGACUAUAAGUAAGUCUCGCGCGGCGCGCCGCGGUUUAAUGCCGUUGCCGCGUUCGUGGCGCCAAGAGGAGGGCCCAUUGGCGACGAUAAGCCUCCUUCGUGUCCGGCACGGAACGAGAAAAAGAAAGAGAGAAAAACGGAGAUAGACGGCAACAGCAGCCAGCUUUCACCCGCGUUUCAGCGGCGAAUACAUAUAUACCCCGUCCGGGGUGUGGAUCGCGACAGUGUAGAUAAUACGCGGCUGUCAGUCGUGUCCGGCCAGUGUCACUCCGGAGUUAGUGUCGGUGGUACAGUGGAUCGAGUGUAUCUUUGUGUCGAGACUACCCGAUCGCCAGCUCACCGCAGACUUCCAACCCCUCGUCUAGCUCGAACCUAGACGUUCGUAGCUGUUCUCCAUUCCACGGUCUACGUAGACGACCAGUGGAAGGAUUCCGUUAAAGUCCACCGGUGGGACGCUUCGAUUUCGUUCGAGCAACAGGACAUUUUGUCGUCGAAGUGAUUAUUGUGUCGGAUUGUGACUCGCGAUAGGUAACAAGGGAAAGUCGGUGCACGUGUCUGUGUUUGCGAUCCGGUGGGAAGCAGGUGGUUCGCAACCGAGGGGUUGCGAUACAGUUCCUUGGACAGAUAGCGCGCCAAACGCCUCGAGUGAGACGGUAGCACGAAUUCAUUUUAAAACUACCCGAUCCAGAGGCAGGAAAGGAAGACACUUCGCCCGCCGAAGUGGUUGAUAUACAUCAGCCGUGACUCGAAAUCUCAAUCGAAACAGAACAGGUGCAUGUGUCGACGGAAGAGAUAGAGAGAUCCGGUACAAGUUGGUCGGGUUCGUAAUCGAGGGGAUAGAAUCACCCCUGACGCGGAGCACGGACCCUCCUGCUGGCCGUUUGGAUGGUGAUCGUCGAGGUCGUGUUUUGACGUUCCAGCGACCAUGUCGGGUCUGUUUUACACGCUUCUGGGCCUGGCGGCCAGCACGAGCCUUCAUUGCGCCGUCCGCAGGGAGAUAAGCCCGUGCACCUGCAGGCAGGAGGAGUUCUCUAGUCCCGUUAUCAACCCGGCGGCUGCCGCGGCCGCAGCCGCAGCCGCCAGCACCGGUAACAAUGGCCAUCACGGCCAUGGAGAACGAAUCGAGGUUGUCUGUGAGCGCAUGGAUUCCUUCGAACAAGUGGCGGGGGCGUUAAGGGGGAAGUUCACCGCCGAGCAGCAAAUCACCCUACGGGUCUCCCAUUCGAAUCUCAGGGAUAUAGCGCGGCACGAUUUCAAAGAGCUGCGGAUGUCCAUCACCAGACUCGAGCUCAACCACGAUCAUCUAGGGUUCGUAGACGGCGAUGUUUUCGCGGGGUUGGGAAGAACACAAUAUCUCAGCCUUGCGGAUAACGAGGUACCGUUUAUUCCGCGACACAUUCUGUCGCAUCUCUCGUUGCUGAGGACCCUAGAUCUCAGCAGAAAUCGGAUAAGCCGUAUAGACUCGGAUGACUUCAAGUACAAUCCGACCCUGCAGCAUCUGUCCAUGGCCGGAAAUGCGAUUUCAGAGAUGGUGCCAGGUUCGUUGCCGCCAUUGGUGAAACACCUCCACGUCGGUCGCAAUCACUUGCAAAGCCUGAAUCGAACUUUACGAGAUUUGAAUCAGCUGGAGUGGUUGCUAAUUAACGCCAACGAACUGACAUCCUUGGACGGCGAGCUCCCGUCCUCUGGUCACAACUUGAAGAUGCUCUACGCUGUGGACAAUCAGCUGACUCAUUUGCCAGCAGAGUUUCGCUACCUGCAUCGUUUGGAGACGUUGUUUCUUCAGCACAACAAGAUACGCAGUCUAGACGGCACCCUGCAGAAAGCUCGUCGACUCAAGUUUCUCGAGCUUUCGUACAACGAUCUGCAAGAGUUGACCGAAGAGGACUUCCUAGAAGCAGAGCUGCUGGAAGACCUGGAGCUCGGACACAAUUCUUUAAAAUCGUUGGGUGGCGCGGUGGGCGCUAAUGGCGAUGGAAACGGGGGCAACAGUGUCCUUUGUCCCCUUAGGUCUCUGAAGAGCUUAAACUUGACGCACAACGAGCUUCGCGAGUUCUCAUUCGCGUCGCUUCGUGGUUUGCGCGAGUUGCGAUUGCUCGAUCUCUCGAACAAUAGAAUCGCGCGGCUUCACAAAGGGAGGACACCGUCAGAGAAUUUAGUAGAGGAAGAAGGAGAGGAGACGGCGGGUGGGAAUAUUCAGGACAUGCGGCUCCAGCACAACGAAUUAAGGAGCCUCGAUGGAUCGUUGUUUCUGGGAAUGAAAGAGCUGCAGAGGCUCAAUCUCAGUCACAACGCGUUGGGACCAACGAUUGGACCACGAGAUUUACGGGGUCUGGAUGGGCUCAGAGUUCUAGAUCUCUCGCACAAUGAACUCACCACUCUGGAGGACACGUCAGAGACGUGGUUACCAUCCCUGGAGGAACUGAACGCCUCGCACAACCGCCUGGUGACGUUAUCGGAGAGGGACUUCCGUGGUUUUCCGGUUCUCUGUUGGGCAGACGUUAGCGCGAAUCGAAUACGCACCCUCAUGCCAGAGCUGGUCGUGAACACGCGUUGUACUGUUCACGGAGUCCAGGAUGUGCUGCGUAUAUAUCUUCAAGAUAAUCCGGUGCUGUGCGAUCCCGGACUGGCGGACCUGACCGUGGCUCUGGAGGUGAAUCACGCGAAGGUCUACGGCGUCGCGAACGACUGUCCAACCACCGCCGCGACGCCUACGGAGCAGACGUCGCCUCUUCCACCGUUGCCACCGACGCUCCUGUUGGCUGCAGCGGCCGCUGCAUCCGGCGGAAAUGUCUCCUUCGCGGCGACCCUCGAGUAGACGCCCUGGAAACCAGGCGGAUCGCAAGCAAAGCCUUAUCGACCGAGCGAACGACGUUCGAAGAGGCCAGAGAUGUGAAUCGCGAGGCAAUUUAUUCGAUUCAUGGAGGGCUUUUCCUCCCUCUCUGUCCGCGAGAAACGGUGAGAACUCGUGGUGUUUAGCUGGUCGUCGAGGUGAACCGGAAGUGCAUGGAACUGGGGCGGGUGUGGAUCUUGGCGCGACACCUCGCUUCACGCGCGACACACGGGCGUUUUAGUUCGUUCGUUUGACCACCCCCCGUGAAUUCUGCGAGAUGCAGUAAUUUCUUGAUUAAAAUGCACCAUUAUUUUUACGUAACGCGAUAUUCUCAAUCACGAUAUGAAAACAGUCGUAAUACCUGGCCUGUAUCGGUUACCGGAUCGUUUUUAACACUUUAUUUACCGGGAGCCUAUUUAUAGGCUUUUUAAUCCCAGUAUUUAGCUAUUCGAAUUUAUUUACUGUGUCGAUGAUUGUCUACUUACAAUGUUUAGCGUUCGGAAACAGACUUGCCUUUCAAUGUACCCAGUAACAGUAUGGAGGAAUUAUUGUCAGCCUAGAUUGCCUUAUGCUACUGUAGAAUAUUCUUUUUUUAAUUAAAGAUUGUUUCUAAAUAGCCCGGUAGAUAAAGUGUUAAAAAUAAAUUGAUCCUGUGGAAUUCGUGGAUCGAUUCGGUAUCGAUACUAAAAUCAACAAAUUCAUUUAGGAUGUUUCAAUAAACUACACUACGUAUCAACUAAAUAUCAAUAUAUUUGAAUGGGUGGGAAUAUUUUUAAAAUUUGACAGGAGAAACGACAUUACUCGCGGGAACUUAAGCGAGAAAUUACUGUGUUCCGAAAAAAUUGUAUAACAGGGGACGACAUGGUCGCUAGUCGAACUUCAUCGAACGCCGACGAGACUUGUUCACGCGCGAGUAAUCUGCCGAUCGACAGCAGUCGACUAACAAUUGUUCGACGAUUAGAAGUCAGCCUUCGAUCGGUAGUGGAUAAACACGCGUGAUCGCUAGUAUAUAUUAAGUGACGAGAGAUAUAUAUAUUUAUUUUAACGUGCUUCCAUCACAUAUCGUGAGAGUUUGUGGUUCCUUUGUAUCACGGAAGAGACGGUACCCAAUCAGGGAUGGGCAGAAUUUUAUUUAAAAAAUUAAUACCUAAUAAAAACCAUCGUAGCGAUUUAAACAAAUUUGAAUUUAAACUCGAACUUAAUCGUAUUGUCUUUAGUUUAUUUUGCUGUUUUAACAUAAAUACUGUUGGGAGUUGAAUGAGUUCUGUUUACGAAAAAAAAAAAAAAAAAUAGAUGAGUUAGAAAAGAUUAAUACCCAUUCGGCAUUAAAAUUCUCUAUUAGAACUAGAAUAAUACGCGGCACUUUAAAGCAAGGUUUUCUUAGAAUUUGCGACUCUAUUUCGUACGACACACUCCAAAAUCAUAAUAAUCCAAGGUAUAAGUUUUUUGUAAAUAAUUACUCGAAAGUUGGUUAUCUUUUCUACGUUAUGUUUAGAUAAGUGUUUUGCCCAUCUCUUUACCCAAAACUCGAGAGGAUUUACGCCGGAAAGGAGAUAUCGUUUCACAGAUCAAGAGAGAAAGACAGAGAGUGUAAUAACAAUGAGCGAUUAAUUCCCGUUUUAUAAGUCUAGAAGAACAAACCGCUGAAGUCUCUGUCUUGUAAUAGGUGACAUUACCACGCUGUAAAUAGUCAUUAAUCCCGCUACUUCUUGAACGCCAUACGUCGUGUUUACGGUAGAUAAGCAUCCUCCUCGAAUUCGAAUUCCCAUGUACCAUUCAUUUCCGCCUAUUACUUUCUUUUCUUAAUUAUUAUUAAUAUUAUUGUUAACAUUCGUCGAAACGAUCAUAAACGCGAACAAAACCACGUAAGAAAUUUGGUAGCGAAUCAUCGUUAAUCAGUCAUCGUUAAUCAUCCAUGCUUCAAAGUAUUAUCCAUAACGCUUGCGCGACGUAUCGUGUAUCAUGAUCUUCGUGCACCGAUUCGCAUUAGUUUAUUCGUUAAUAGUAUCGGAUGAUACCGACUGAUUGUGAGAUCUAGCGUGCGAUGAUAAUGUGUAAGAUAUAAUUAGGUAAAAAUCAUUAUUGGUAAAUGCACAAUGGUGUCUCGAUUUGACGAAUUAAUAUAUCUAUUAGUCUCGAGGAGGAAACAUGAUAAACGUUUCCAAGCACUUGUGGAUUGGGUCUCUUUCGAAUUACCCAAAGCAGUAAACAAUUUAUAAGUGAUAAUAAGAGCAGAACGAGAAGUUAUAAAACAUAUUUUAUCGCACCUUGAAUACCUGACCAUAGAAGAUUUACUAUUUACAUUGGCGCAAUAGUUUAAGAUAGAAAUGUAUAAAACACAAAACCCCUAUCUUCGUAAAACCUCGUUCUCCUCUAAUUAAUUUCGUAAAUUUGUCAUACGUGACAAGUAUAGUUCUUCGAUUGCUUUGGAAAGUUCGAGACGAAUUGAUUCCUUAGUAUAAUCGUGAUUUUGACUCGUAAAGGCUGAGAAUAAACGUAUUAAUUUCUCAAAUCGCAACGAGCGUAAAACCAUGUUUUCUCGAUUUAUAUUUUUUUCUGUUUUGUUUUUGUUUAGAAAAAUAAAUUCUUGAUUAAAUAACGAGUCAUUCGCUAGGUAAUAAUCGUAUCGAAGCCGAUCGACACCGACAACGUGAAUACGGCUAUCGCGUUUUACAUCAUAGUAAACCAUCGAUAUUCUCAUCGUCGACGCUUCGAUCUUCAAUUCUUGAAUGAUCGAGUAAAUGAACGAUCGGGCGGGUCAAUAGCGUAAGUGAAAUCUGUUAACUUACGUUGUGUACGCGAUAUGGGCUGAUUGGCAGUGGGCGAUCAAUUGACCCCCUCGUUAACUUGUGCCAAUAGGGAUGAAUUGUUAUCAACGUGCUUCUAUGCAUACAUAAUCAAUUGGCCCUUUCCAUGUACGAGUAAGACGCGCGAAUAUUUCGUACGUAACUAUGUUAAUGUAUGAAUCAAUAUAACGCGAACUACAGAUGAGAAAGAUUUAGUUUCUUUUUUAGCCUUCGCGUGGUGGAGAAAUUCCAGUGACACAACGCUUAUUAUUAUUACCAUUCGACAUUUAAUUAUAGUUCCAAAUAAAAAAAAAAAAAAUCGACAGAAAAUUAUACUUUCAAGAUUUCUUCACGAUAUCAUAGUUCCAUUUUGUUUCUUUGUCGUUCAAAAGGUACGCGUUUGUAUAAAACGUUGCUUGACCUUUCUCUUUCUUAUAAAAAUCGAAUGAAGUUAUAUAUAAAUAUAUAUAUUAGUUAAGUCUUUUAAAUAGGUGAAUUGUUAGCACUACAAAAAAUAAAGAACGAAUUACCGAGUAUUAGAUGAUAUUUAUAGUACUUGUUUGGUAAAUAAGUACAUACGUAUUUAAAGUUUAACAAAAUUGAGAGUUCAGUGCAGGUUGAACGAUUGUUUUUACUCCAAACGAAGUUUAUUCUCGCAUAUUUAUGAAACAGAUAUAAUUACGAAUAUAUCUCUGUAGGUGCCAUAUAUAUAAAUAGAAAUAAAAUGGAGACCUGUUUGUAAUUUUAGUACCUAAGUAAUUUAUCCACACUGUGAUUAGCAGUUUACUGUUUCUAACAUGAUCUGUAUGUAAGGAGGUAGUACAUCAAGACACGCGACACUAUAUAUGUAACAAUACCAGAAGAUUACUGUACUAAUGAUAAAUAUUAUAUUUUAAUAAGAUCAUACCAAUGUUAAGUCCGCGAUGUUUAGCGUUACAAAUUCUAUAUAUGUAAUGAGGCGUUUUAGAUAUUUUAGUUUUUAUUAAUAAAGGCUUUAAUCUUAUAACAAUUA